UUCAAACAAGUCGCUUAUAGUCGGUGAAGUGGCGCCAACCUUUAAAUGAAACUCCGGCGAUUCCCAUUACACUCUCACUUUCCAUCUUUCUCAUAUCAAUCAAACCAAAAUAUACACCGCAUCAUUGCACCGGGAAGAAGCGUUGAAAUCCCCUCCCUCCACUUUCAUAUUCAAAAUUUAUUAUUUUAUGUGCUCUCUUUAAACCCUAAACCCUUUAUUUCCAAUUCGCUUCAACAAUGGAGUCCAUUUCAAUCGCCGAUUGCAAUCUGGAAACCCUAGACUCUCUCACCUCUGAUUCAAUUGAAGAAAUUCUGGAAAGCUGGAAUGCUUUUUGUUCAUAUACCGAAAUACUUCUCAACAACGAUGUUCCACUUUCCAUUGGAGAUGAGUUCGUUUCUCAUGUGCAUUCUCUAUGUAAUUAUGGCCUUCGCUCUCUUAUCCAAGACCACUUUCUUCAAUCACUCGAGGUAGCUUUUGAGACAAGGGGUGCUUCAAAAUUCUGGCAGCAUUUUGAUGCUUAUAUUGAUGGUUCAUUGUUGAUGAAUGAAGAGGAUGGAUUAGAGGAAAUACUGUACAAAGCAUUAGAAGAAAUAUCACAGUUGAAGCAAUGCCAAGAGAGGUCUCUAUUAAUGAUUGUCCACUGCUUGCUAUCUCACCAGAAUACUGUGUCGAAGAACAGUGAUAAUUCUAACCCUGAAAGAGUCUAUCUUUUUUCUAAAUACCAACUAAUGGUCUCUUCAGUACUUAUGGCUUCACUUCCACGCCAAUUUCCUGCAAUCUUGCACCAGUAUUUUAAGAGCAGGCUGGAAGAGCUAAAUACCAUCAUGGAUGGUGGCUGUGAGGAAGAACUUCAAGAUAAAGAGAGUAUGGAUUUGGGUGGGGCAUACAAAUCGACCACCGAAAUAAGUGAGAUGGAUAUUGAUGAACACUACAAUAGGAAGAAACUGUCAGAAAACAGUUUAUUAGUUACGAAGAUUGGAAAAGUUGUUCGAGACCUAAGAAGCUUAGGAUUCACAUCAAUGACGGAGGAUGCAUAUGCCUCUGCUAUCUUUUCUCUAUUAAAAGAUAAAGUUCAAUAUUUGGCCGGCGAUGAUUACAGAAGUUCUGUUUUGGAUUCCAUCAAAGUGUGGAUCCAGGCGGUACCAUUUCAAUUCUUGCAUGCACUUCUUACAUAUCUUGGUGAUUCAGUGUGCCCUGAUUGCCCUUCUUCAGGUCUUAAUUCACCUUUGGCCUCACGUCCCUCUUCAUUCUAUCCUGGUGUGGACUCUCCAUCUGAAGAUCUCAUCAGAUGGAAAUUGCGUCUUGAGUAUUUUGCUUAUGAGACUUUGCAAGAUUUAAGGAUAGCCAAACUAUUUGAUAUAAUAGUUGAUUUCCCUGAAAGCUCACCAGCAAUAGAAGACUUAAAACAGUGUCUUGAUUAUACCGGGCAACAUUCAAAAUUAGUAAAUUCUUUCAUCUCCGCGCUAAAGUAUCGGUUGCUUACUGCUGGUGCGUCUACUAUUGAUAUAUUGCACCAAUAUGUUUCAACUAUUAAGGCGCUCAGAACAAUAGAUCCAGCUGGCAUAUUUCUUGAAGCUGUUGGUGAGCCUAUUCGAGAAUAUUUAAAAGGAAGAAAAGACACCAUAAAAUGUAUUGUAACAAUGCUGACUGAUGGGAGUGGUGGAAAUGCAAGUUCUGGCUCUGCUGGGGACAGUCUCCUUGAAGAAUUAAAUAGAGAUGACGAAAAUCAAGAACAUAUUGAUCUUGACGACAAUUUUAAUGUUGACGACAAGCAAGCGUGGCUUAGUGCUCAGCGUUGGGAACCAGAUCCUGUGGAGGCUGACCCUCUAAAGGGGAGUAGGAGCAGAAGAAAGGUUGAUGUACUUGGAAUGGUUGUUGGCAUAAUUGGUUCGAAGGAUCAGCUAGUUAAUGAAUAUCGUGUUAUGCUGGCCGAAAAGCUUCUGAACAAAUCUGACUAUGAUAUUGACACAGAGAUAAGGACACUGGAACUUCUGAAGAUACAUUUCGGGGAGAGUAGCAUGCAUAAAUGUGAGAUUAUGCUAAAUGAUCUAAUUGAUUCCAAGAGAACUAAUACCAAUAUAAAAGCAACUUUACCAAAAGCAUCUCAAGCAGGAGAUGAAGGGGGCAAAGGUGAAUUUUCUAUGGAUGCGCUCAAUGCUACUAUAAUAUCAUCAAAUUUCUGGCCUCCUAUACAGGAUGAACCUGUAAAUUUACCUGGGUCUGUGGAUGAGCUUUUAUCAGAUUAUGCAAAAAGGUUUCAUGAAAUUAAAACACCUCGCAAGCUUUUAUGGAAGAAGAACCUCGGAGUGGUUAAGCUGGAAUUACAAUUUGAAGAUAAAGUUAUCCAAUUUUCUGUUUCUCCCCUUCUUGCAUCAAUUAUUAUGCAAUUUCAGGAUCAAACCCGUUGGUCGUCCAAGGAUCUUGCUGCAGCUGUUGGGGUACCUAUUGACAUACUUAAUCGUAGGAUAAAUUUUUGGAUCACCAAGGGGGUUCUUACAGAAUCAGCUGGGGAAGAUGCCACCGAUCACAUGUUUUCGUUGAUAGAAGGUGCUGACUCCAACCGAGCUGGAAUCCAUGGGGGAAAGAAUGAUGAACUUCUAAUGGGUGAUGAAGAUGGGGACACUUCAGUGGCCACUGUUGAGGAUCAGUUGCACAAAGAGAUGGCUGUUUAUGAGAAAUUUAUUUUGGGAAUGCUCACAAAUUUUGGCAGCAUGGCAUUGGAUCGGAUUCACAACACUUUGAAGAUGUUCUGUAUAGCCGAUCUUCCAUAUGACAAAUCACUCCAACAGCUGCAGAGCUUCUUAGCUGGCCUUGUUUCAGAGGAGAAAUUGGAACUAAGGGAUGGAAUGUAUAUCUUGAAGAAAUGAUCGACAUCAAAAUGAAUUCUGAUGGCCAAAAAUGAUCCCUUGAAUUCAGCUCGACUGCAACUUUUUGUUGGCGAUGUAUAAUUAUAAGAUAGAGUUGUUCUUGGUCAUAAAUCCACGAAGUAGAGAAGAAAACCAUGUCUUUCCUUUGAUUGAGUAGUGUAUAUCAUUAAGAAGUAUAUCGUGGAGUCAUUUCCCCCAGGUUUGCUGAAAACCUCAAAAAUAGAGACGAGGAAAGGAGGCCAAACUUGCGGAUGUAUAUUUAUUAUGUUGUACUCGAGGUUGUCAAGAUUAGGAUUCUAUGUAGGAUCGAAAUCAACAUGUAUGAUCGGAUCGUAGGAUCAGACGAUCCUACAAAUUUGCAGAAUUAACAUGUAUUAUGUAUAUGUUUAUUGUUUGAUCAUUUUCAAUUUAAAAAAUAUUAAGGACUCGUAUAUUUUCUUAAGAGUUUGCUUUAAUUUUAAAA